GCAGCACGCAAUGCUCUCGUGUCUCUGUCUUUUCGUGUUCUGUUUUAAUCAUGUUUCGCUAAGUUGUUUUUAAAUCACGCAUAUACCAAUUCUCUGGCGCUUAUUUUCAUGAAUUCUGAAAACGCAGAUUCAAACUGCUCCUUUGUCACCCUCUGGCUCGCGCACUUGUUUACCUGCCUGCUCCUGCUACUCCAUUUCUGAAUGCCCACCUGAUGCACCUUCUCAGGCCUGCACCGACAGCGAGUUCUUUCCCUUCCCCUUUCCUUUCCCCGUUUUCCAAUACAAAUUCCCAUAUUUCAUCUUAGGCUUAUGGACAUAUGCAUCCAACAUCAAAGUUAACACUCGUCAUUUACAAGCGUUUUAGUGGACUAAACUGAGGAGGUAAACAGUGGACUUAAGCGGUUUGUCUGUCUGCUUCCUGUUCUCUUUAUUCCGUGUUCUAUCAAGUGUCAAUUACUCUGAGAUGAGUAAUGAGCAAAGCACGAUGACUACAGAGGAUUACUCUGAAUACUAUAGUAAUGGCAUUGAUGCAGAACCAUGCGAUUAUCACAUCCAGACAAGCCAUUUUCUUCCAGUACUCUACUCCCUGUUCUUCGUGGUGGGCUUCCUGGGAAAUAUGCUGGUGCUGUGGGUGACCCUGAGAGGUGCUCAGAUGAAAAGCAUGACUGACGUGUCUCUCCUGAACCUUGCCCUCGCUGACCUUCUACUAAUCUUCUCUCUCCCCUUCCUGGCUCACUAUGCCCGAGAUACCUGGACUUUUGGCACCAAAAUGUGCACCCUGGUCCUUGGUGUGUAUUACGUUGGAUUUUAUGCUGGCAUUUUUUUUAUUGUGCUGAUGAGCAUCGACAGAUAUUUGGCUAUUGUCCAUGCUGUGUUUGCCCUGAGAAUCCGAACAAAGGCUUAUGGGAUUUUAGCUAGCAUGGUCAUCUGGAUUACAGCUAUUGCAGCUUCAUUUCCUGAGCUAUUGUAUAUUGGAGUCAUGAAAAAUGGCUCAGAAGUAAUUUGCAGUGCUUAUGCAAAAGAAAAUCAAGAUGGUCACAAUGAUGCAAGAAGUGCAGCUUUCAUUAAAAUGAAUGUUUUGGGCCUUCUAAUUCCAUUGAUUGUUGUGGGAUUUUGCUAUACGAUGGUGCUCCGGAGGCUUCAGACCCUUCAUAAUCCCAAGAAACUGGCUAUUCGUCUUGUUGUUGUGGUCAUGGUGGUCUUCUUCUGCUGUUGGACACCAUACAACAUUGCAGCAUUCCUCAAAGCACUGGAACUGAAGCACAUCCUGUCUUCAGGGUGUGAUUUCAGCAAAAAGACCCAGCUGAUGCUGCAAGUCACUGAAGCCGUGGCAUACUCUCACAGCUGCCUCAAUCCAUUCCUCUAUGUGUUUGUGGGUCAAAAAUUCAGGAGGCACCUCGCCAGUCUCUUGCACCAGACACCAUUCAUCCACGUGCAGUGUAUGAAGUGCUUCAUGACCCAGGCUACAGGAUCAGUGUAUUCACAAACCACAAGUUUGGAUGAACCGCCACUUGGUAUCUGAAUGGUGGAGGAACAUGAGAUUUGAUCAAAAUCUCAUGUAAAAUUUCAAUAAAUGCAGUCUCAUUUUAUAUGUACUCAUGAAAAUGAGAAAAUUAUGUUUGCAUGUGUUGUAUAUCACUGCUUUUUUUU